AUGGGCUCAGAUCCCCAGUACGCAAAGUACCCCCUCCUCCCCCUCGCCCAGCAUGUCUUCACCCUCACAAACGCCUACGCCUCCCGGCCAUCUCAACAAAACGCUGCGAAAGCUCUCAACGAUGCCAUCACCGAGCACAAGAUGGCACCGCUCUACCGGUACCUUGCCCAUCCUCUCGAGGGCAUCCUAAACCAGCUCGGUGAGGGCGGCAGCCAGACACCUGGCAAGCCACUGAGUCGGAAGUCGAGUUUGGCCGGCAUGAUCGCCACCAAGAGCGUCCCCACCGCCGUCAACCUGCCCUGGGACGAGGGUCGCUACCAGGAGCUGAAGGCCGAUAACGACCGGGAGUUGGAGGAGUUCCAGAAGGAGGAGGACGAGGCUGUCGAGAAGGCCGGUGAGACGGAAAUCCAGGCCGCGCGGGGGAAGAGGGCGGAGUUCUGGGCCAGAGUUGGUGACAAGGACCGGGCGAUUGCCGCAUACGAGGACGUUUUCGAGAAGACGGGUAUCCUGGGCACCAAGAUCGACCUGGUGCUCGCAAUAGUCCGAAUGGGUCUCUUCUACGGCGACAAGCUGCUUGUCAAGAAGCACAUCGAGCGCGCAAAGACCCUUGUCGAGUCCGGCGGUGACUGGGACCGUCGCAACCGCCUCAAGGCUUACGAGGGUAUCUACUCUCUGACCGUGCGAUCCUACAACAGCGCCGCUCCGCUGCUGCUCGACAGCUUGUCCACUUUCACCAGCUACGAACUCUGCACCUACUCCUCCCUCGUCGUCUACUCCGUUCUCGCCGGAUCCGUUUCUCUGAAGCGUGUCGACUUCAAGAGCAAGGUUGUCGAUGCUCCCGAGAUCAAGGCUAUCCUCGGCGAUGGAGAGGACAAGCUUCUUGCUUUGUCAGGUGCGCUCAGUGCCGGCCCCGGUGCCGACGAUACCAUGCAGGACGCCCCGGCGCCUUCUGCCGCCACCAAGACGGCUGUCAACCUGACCACCCUCGGAACGAGCACCGAACAGCCCGAGGCCGAGAUGGCCAUCGACUUUUCCCCCCUGGCCCAGCUGGUCACCAGCCUGUACAACGGCCAGUACAAGUACUUCUUCCAGGCCCUCGCCCAGGUUGAGGAGAACUUCCUCACGCAGGACCGCUACCUGCACGAGCACAAGAACUGGUUCAUCCGCGAGAUGCGCCUGCGCGCCUACCAGCAGCUCCUCCAGAGCUACCGCGUGGUUGGCUUGGAGACGAUGGCUACCGACUUUGGUGUCACCGUCGACUUCCUUGACCGUGACCUCGCCAAGUUCAUCGCUGCCGGCCGCAUCCCCUGCACAAUCGACCGCGUCAGCGGCAAGGGCGUCAUCGAGACCAACCGACCAGACGACAAGAACAAGCAGUACCAGGAUGUUGUGCGCCAGGGCGAUCAGCUCAUCACCAAGCUUCAGAAGUACGGCCAGGCUGUGCGCCUACGGGGAAGCGAGCGUGCAUAA